AUGUCGUUACACAACGCUCAGGGUCACGACGAGGGCCCUCUCUCACCACGUCGCUCAUACAGCUCGCGCAACGGUGGAGGCCCCGCAGCGUCGAUUGACGAAGACCUCAUCCCGCCUCUCGACAGCAUAUCACCAGCGAUCUUCGUCCCACUCAAGGAGUCAAUCCUCACAAGUUCUGUCAGCAAUCCCAAGACCGAAGCGGAUCGUCUCCGACUCGUCAUCCAGCGCAUCGACAGUCACGCAGAAGAUGUGAAGGCCAACAUCAUCUUUCUCUUCCGCCGCGAGCAGCAACGCGUCCUGCAGGCCGCACGCAUGAACGAGGCAGCGCAAGGCGCCCAGACCCCGCCGCCGCUGGACAAAAGUCUAGUCGACAUGAUGAUGCAGAACGUCAUGGCGCCUAAGGAUCCCACGCGGGAUUAUGGGGUGCACCGCCCGUUGCCUCCCGUUACUCUUUGCCAGUGGCCACGAACGGCAAGAGAGCAGACAGUGCACCAGCUGCUGACGACGGCUGAGGGUGCUAUGAGCAACCUCGAUGGAUUCGACAGCAUGAUGGCCAAAGUAAGGGAGGUUUACAAGAAACAGCUUGAGGCUGAGGAAGGAAGAGAAAGGGCAUCGAAGACGCGGACAGCACAGGAAGAAGCUCGACGACGCACCGAGAGCGCUUAG